CAAACACUACCCUAAUGUUCACUUAUAAAUAUUGCGACCCCCUUCUCUCCAAUACAUAAGUGAGCUUUGCUUUCACUUUCUGUUGGCAGUUUUACAGCUUCAAUGGAGUUACAUCUCCUACCCAUCUUCACAUUUCUUUCUGUGGCACUGGUGGCAAGCCAUGCAGCUCUAUCACCUGAAGAAGCUUACUGGAAUUCCAUGUUGCCAAACACUCCCAUGCCUAUGGCUGUCAAGAAUAGUCUACAACCUGCAGAAUUGAUGGGAGAGAAAAGCACCUCAGUCGGCGUAGACGUCAGCGCUGGAAAGCCCCACAAAGGAACAUCGGUGCAUGUUAAAGUACCUGGAAUAUCACCAUUCGAUUACAUUUAUGCUGCUACUGCAGAUCAGCUCCAUGAUAACCCCAACGUAGCUCUUUUCUUCUUGGAAAAGGACAUGAAACUCGGCACGAAAAUGACCUUGCACUUCACUAAAGGUACGAACGCGGCUACUUUCUUACCUCGCCAGGUUUCGGAGAAGAUACCUUUUUCGUCCGACAAAUUGCCAGAAAUUCUAAAUCACUUUUCGGUGAAACCCAACUCAAUGGAAGCUGAGAUAAUGAAGAAAACGAUCAAGGAGUGUGAAGAGCCCGAGAUCAAAGGAGAAGAGAAAUAUUGUGCAACUUCAUUAGAAUCGAUGAUUGAUUUCAGCACUUCAAUGCUCGGGAAAACCGCCCACGCAGUCUCCACGGAGGUACAAAAAGAAACUCCGUUGCAGAAGUAUAGUAUUUCAGGGGUGGAGAAGUUAGCAGGCGGCAAAGCUGUGGUGUGCCAUAAGCAGAACUACGAGUAUGCUGUAUUUUACUGCCACAAAACAGACACCACGAAAGCAUAUAUGGUGUCGAUGGCCGGUGCUGACGGCACACAAGCAAAAGCAGUGGCAGUGUGUCAUACUGAUACAUCGGCAUGGAAUCCGAAGCACUUGGCCUUUCUAGUGCUCAAGGUUAAACCGGGAACUGUUCCGAUAUGCCAUUUCCUUCCGGAGGAUCAUGUUGUCUGGUUUUCCAACUAGAUCUCUGCAAAAAAGAAUCAGCACUUGUUAGUUCCAUCUGUUGGUUUUGUGCAGUUUGGAUUGUAAUAUUUUGAAACUCUACUAUUACAGUAUCACAUGCAUGCAUGUAAUAAACACCCACUUCAUUAUACAUAAGCAUAUGCAUGUAGUUCGAAGGCUUGAUGCGUGACAUUAUUCCUUACAACUACUCCUCAUAUGGCACAAGUGGUUCUUGGGAA